GGGCUAUAAAAAGGGCCUCGAUACCUCAAUGGCCUCAGGUUGAACUCUCCUCAUCAUCCUUCACUCUCAAACACUCUCCACUCUUCUCAAUAUCAUCCAAAUCGUCCAAUAUGUCUGAAUGGAAGCCACCGGCCUUUGGUACUCCCGUCUGGAUGAGCAUCCCUGCCACCGAUGUCAACCGUGCCGCAGAGUUCUACAAAGCUGUGUUCAACUUCACCUACAAGGGCCCCAAUGACAAGCAACCUGAAGAUGAACUCAGGAGAUUCGACUUCAACCCCAGCCUUAGCUUGUCAGGUGGUAUUCAAAAGGCCCCUGACCACACUGGAAACUUCCACCCCGGAAAAGGAGGUCUCUGUGUUUACUGGUUUGUCGAAAAUGUUGACCAAAUCGGGCCUAUCAUUGAAAAGGCUGGUGGUAGAAUGUUGACUGAGAAGGAAAAGGAGGGCGAGUUUGGUCUGUAUAGAUUCUUUGAGGAUACUGAGGGAUCUGUUGGUGCCGUGUACCAGAUGGCUUGAACAUCUAGUUAGGGGCCAAGGCUUACAAACAUUGUGAUAUUGAAUCAACUAUACUCCUUUAUUGCUCAUUGCUCUGAUCUUCCCCUAGUAUGUUGAUACAGGUAUUCAACGGC